UAAUUCUCAGAAACAGAAAUGAAAAGUUUCAAUAAAACAAUAAUAAUAAGAAAACCAGUGAAGUGAUAAACUGAUGAAACAAAUAGUGUCUGUCAAAGAGAAAAGCUUUAGAAAGAGGAACUUUUUGGGAGGGGGGGGGGUCCUGACCCAAAGAAUGUGGUUCUGCCAGGGGUUGAACCUCCUGGGCUGCCAGUGGAAGUGGGACACUGGCUUUUACUCUUGAUUUUACUGCCAACUAAAUAAAAUGCUGCUUUUCUGGAUCAGGACCUGGAACAUUCUUGACUGGCUGAGUUAAUCAGCUGAUCUCAGUUCAACUGGGCUGCAUUCCACUUACUGAGGAGGAAGAUUAGUCUGAGAGACCUGACAAGAAACAAGAAUGAGUUGCUUUCAAAACUACAGCAGUCGGUCUCCCCAGUUACCAAACACUUCAACAUUUAAAUAAACUUAAAAUUACCAUUAUUUUUACAUUUUGAGUUUUCAUGUUUGCUUUUUGGGGGGGAUUAUGAGCCUGUUUUCUAUUCUGUAUAUCUCCGUUUUUGAGGUCAUGGUAGGCCAAGGAGCUGGGGGGGAAAAACUCACUGGACUUUCGUGAAGAUGUUUCAUCUUUCAUCCAAGAAGCUUCUUUUAAAUACCCAGGACUUUGCACCAUUUGAGUGAAGAAGCUCUUGGAUGAGAGGAAACAUCUUUACGAAACUUAAAGUCCAGUUGUUUUCUGUGCCUUUAGUUCCCCGAUUGCUUUAGUUGAUGAAAGCUUUAUUAAUCUCCAUUUUGCAUUCCCAUUCUUGUCUCUGCGUUUAUCUUCUAUCUCUUUGUCAAAUUCCUGUCUCAGUCCUGGUCUCGGUGCUGGUUAUUUCCUGUCUUAUUUUGAUAGUCUCUCAUCGUGUGCUUUCGCUUUGAUUCUACUCCCACACACUUAUUAUCUGUUAUUAGUUUCAGCUGUCCUCCUACCUGUUGCUUGUACCCUCGUUAUCCUUUGUGAGUAUAUGUCGUCUCAGUCCUCUCUCUGAGCUGUGUCCUGUGUGCCUGCUUAUCUUUGUGCUUUUGUUGGAGCGUAGCAAUAAAGCUGUUUUUUCAUUUUUAUGUUAUGUGUUCCCAGUCCUGCACUUUGGGUUCAAUUACUGACGCCACACAGCGAAUCUUGAUUUCUUUUAAAAGUCAUUAACAUGAUGAUCAUAAUGUUGAUGAUUCAUUAAAACUGGGAUGUUUAACGUUUGUUUGUUUGUUUUCACAGUGUAGGUUAUUUGAAUUGUGAUCCCACUGCAUAGCUGUCAGUAUAAAGCUGCCUAGUACGUCACUAAGAAAGGGUAUUUACAUUUCAUUAAUACGCCCAUGCUAUCUACCUGAUAAAACCCCCAUCCAGAUGGAGGCGCCAGCUUGCGCGCUCACAGAUGUUUGGCCUUCCUGAGUCGCCGUACCACUGCAUGUACCUCGCUGCCCUAGCCGUGCGCGCGCUGGCUCGAUUUGUAUGAACAAACUGUGAAGCAUCGCUGAAUGUGACGUUAUCCAUGCAUCAGCCAGCUCCGUCGGCUCUCUCGGGUCUGUGCCGAGUCACCGACUGUCUUUACCUGAGUAAUGCCCGAGCGGCCGGUGAUCCCCGCCAGGUGACUGGCUGCGGGAUAACCUGCAUCAUCAACGUCACUGAGAGAAAGAGCAGCGACUCGCCCCUUCCAGGGGUGGAGUACAUCCACAUCCCGGUCUCUGACACCCCGGGGUCUCGACUCAGCGAUCACUUUGACGAGGUGGCGGAUAAAAUCCAGGUUACAGCGGAGAGCAGCGGCCGCACGCUGGUGCACUGCAACGCCGGGGUGAGCCGCUCCGGAGCCCUGUGCAUGGCUUACCUAAUGAAGCACCGCGGCGUGAGCCUCCUAGAGGCCCACGGCUGGGUCAGGACCUGUCGCCCUGUCGUGAGACCCAAUAACGGGUUCUGGAAACAGCUCAUCCAGUAUGAGGGGGAGCUUCGUGGUUGCAACUCUGUCCGCAUGGUGUCCUCAUCCAUGGGAGAGAUACCUGACAUUUAUGAAGAGGAGGCCAGGAAUAUGAUGCCACUAUGAGGGAUGGAAGCACGCUUUUUUGUGUGUGGUGGGAAAGUGGGACAUUAUUUCACAAUGAUCUGCAGUGUGCUGGCCCUAACUGUAAAAUCCUGUGCAGCCAUGAAAGGAAGCAUAAAAAGUGAAUGCGUUCCCUCCGGGCUCUCAUAAUAAUGGGCAGUGGUGCAGAGUAACAGUGAGCUACUGUAUAAUUUUUGCCUGCCGUGGUUUUUCCAUGGCGCAUUUGGCCACCUCGUGCUUGAUUAUGUGAGAUUUUUGGUGAGCUCAGGAACCACUUGCAGAUAUGAACCCACCAUCAAUCUGCAAAAUGCUCAAACAUCCAGGAGGAGUGAGAUUUACCAAAACAUGUUUGUCAUGAAUGGGAGCUCUAAAGACAGGCUUGUAUUAGGCUUCUACUCAAUUUGACUAAAUACUGCUCCACUGUCUUUCAGAUCAAUGUGCACUUUUUAUACCACAACAUUUAUCUGAAAAAUUGCAGGAUGUUAUAAAGGAUUCAAAGCUUAUAAAAUACAACAAAAUAAACGAGUGAUUGCCAUUCUCAUUGAGUCGUUCCACAUAAAAUCAACCAAAUCCUUCAAUAAGGCAAAUAGUGUCAUCUGCAUAGUCAUGCAAUAAACAUCUAAAAAGGUACAAAGUUUAAUAAUUUUAGGUUGUUUAAUCAAGGUAAACAUUUUUUAACAUAAUAAUAAUAAUAAUGAUAUAAAUAUUUUUGAAGAAAAAUAGCAGCCAUAUCAAUUUUACAUUCACCUCAGCUAGCACCACCUGAAUGACGAAAUUCUCUUGAGUCAUAAGGAAUCAUUGCUGGAAGAGGAUCAUAGUAUCAAAAUGUAGGUACAAAUGAGCCCUUUCAUGUCGAAAUUUGACAAAACACCAGAACCACAUGGUGAUGUAACCGCUCAAAGUUUACACAUUGUACUUGUUUUGUUAGUGAGUCAUCACACAAACAUCCAGGUUGUCGGUUCUUGUUUCUGUUAUUCUGCGUCACUGUAAUAAUAAAAAUAUUUUGGCUUUAGAGUGCAACACGGAUUUGAAAUUAGUUUGGUUGUGGUCUUGAAUCUGAGCUUGAAUACAUUUUUCAACCCUGAAAGUUUAAUGUUGCCAUCUCAUGUAUGUAAAAGUUAUGAGGGAUUAAAAGUGCUGGGAAACUCA